GAUGCUCAUGAACACACACAGACACACACACAGACACACACACAGUUUUCCUCACACUGAAGUGAAAGCGACGUGUGAUAAAUAAUUAACUAAGUAGUUUAUUUUCGGAGUGGAUGAGUGCGACUACAGCUCCAUGGUCUCCCUGCUCAGCGCGUCUUGACUCGGGGAUGAAGCCCGGAGGCUGCGUCCGGCGCUGCGGCUCUACGGGACGGCAGGAUGCUCCUCUGAGCUCCGCGAGAAAAACACACAUCCGUGCUUCUUCCUUCAGCUCUCUUCACCUGGAUGCGGAGGGAAACUAGGCCGCUGUUUACUUGUUUUUAAUGAUUGGGGUUGUUGUUGUUUGUUUUUUUUUGCCACAAAUUUACACCAAAGCGACUCGAAUCAAUAUGCUGAGUCGUUAAUUCUAGUUUUGUUGUCUAAACGCGAGUGUAUUUUGAACUCCAUUAGCCGAGCUAGCUGUGGCUCUCCGUGCUAGUUCCAGCUAGCAUGUAAAGCCAAACAGUAAAUAUUUACAUUAAAUAGUUUUCUUACACGCAAUUUGACCAGUAACAUGGAGGGAAAUUUAACACGUUAAUAAGUUUACAAGAUAAUUAGCCAAGCUAGCUAGCUAGCUAGCGUUAACGCUGACUGUCAAAUUGACUGAUAUUCCUAUAAGCAGCUAGCUAGUUUAAAAACCAAGCUUGUUGUUAGGAUUAAUAUUCAUUUAUAUUUCAAAUUUGACCUAACUAGAUAUCUAUCUAAAUUGUAGUUGCUGUCCAUCCCUGAUAAACGUGAAUAUAAAGCUGAAUAUUUGUAUUACUUAGGAUUAAUGGAUGGCAGUAAGCAGUAUUGACUGGAUUUCCAGUAGAAUGAAUGGUACUGAUGGAGUUUGGAGAUCCUGAGGAGGGAAGAAGGAUUUGUUUGUAAGGCUGUCAACAGCAUUUAAUGCAGCAAACCGUUUUUCAGACACUCGUUCUGCUGCACAAUCGAGGGAAAGAUUGGACACAAUUUGGUUGCAUUGGGUUGAACAACAACAACAACAACGUCCCCCCCCCCCCAAAAAAAUGGCCCAGGAGGCAUUUCCUUUGCAUUAUCUGGUCUGGAACAAUCAGUAUUUGGAGCUCGACAGGGAGCUGAAGAAAAAACAGCAGGACAUGGAGAGUGUAGAUCCACGUGGACGUACGCCUCUCGAAUUGGCAGUGUGCCUCGGUCAUGUGGAGUCCACGCGCGUGCUGCUGCGACAUAACGCGGAUCCUACAAGCUGCACUGCACGAGGAUGGACGGUGUUACAGGAAGCAGUAAGCACAGGAGACCCUGAGUUAGUGCAGCUGGUCCUCCAGUACAGGGAUUUCAGACGAGCCACAGAGAGACUAGCUGGUAUUCCUGAGCUGCUCAGCAAGCUGAGACAGGCACGGGAUUUCUACGUGGAGAUGAAGUGGGAGUUUACAAGCUGGGUGCCUCUGGUGUCGAAAGUGUGUCCGAGCGACGUGUACCGUGUGUGGAAGAGCGGCUCGUGUCUGCGAGUGGACACCACGUUACUGGGUUUUGAGCACAUGACUUGGCUCAAGGGCCGCCGCAGCUACAUCUUUAAGGGCGGAGACGGUGGGGCCAUGGUGAUGGAGGUGGACCACGAGAAGCAGGUGGUGUACACGGAGCCGCUGUCUCUGUCUCCGCGUGACGCGCCGUCCCUCCUCGCUGCCAUGCUGCCGUCACAAGAAAACACAGCGCAGAGGCUCACCUCUCCCAUCGUCUCCACACACCUUAACACACGCAACAUCGCCUUUGAGAGGAACAAGUCUGGGAUUUGGGGCUGGCGCUCGGAGAAGACGGAGCUGGUCAGCGGAUACGAGGCAAAGGUGUAUAGCGCCAGUAAUGUGGAGCUGGUGACACGCUCUCGAACCGAACACCUCUCUGAUCAGGACAAGUCCAGAUGCAAAGGGUCCAGAACUCCUCUUCAGUCUUUCCUUGGAAUUGCAGAGCAGCAUGUGUCGAACAACGGGAGUCAGGUAUCUCAGUGUGCCAGUCCUAAUAACCCGACAGACAUCACGGCCGAGGAGUACUUCGACCCUGAGUUCAAUCUGAACGGCAGAGACAUCGGCAGGCCCAUCGAGCUCACCAGCAAGGUGCAGAGGUUUAAGGCCACGUUGUGGUUAAGUGAGGCCCACCCUCUUUCACUGGCUGAGCAGGUGACACCCAUUAUUGAUCUCAUGGCUAUUUCUAAUGCUCACUUUGCUAAACUGCGUGACUUCAUCACCCUGCGCCUGCCACCUGGCUUCCCUGUGAAGAUAGAGAUCCCUAUCUUCCAUGUACUGAAUGCACGGGUGACCUUCAGUAACCUGUGCGGCUGCGACGAGCCGGUCAGCUCCGUUACCGUGCACUCGCCCCAAGGAGCCACCGAUGCAGGUCAGAGCCCUCCCCUCCUGCACUGCGAGGUGGACCCGUCUGUGUUCGAGCCUCCGGCAGAUUACACGACGCUCGGUCCGGGCCGUAACGAGCCUCUGAGAGACGAGGAUGAUAACCUGCUGCAGUUCGCCAUUCAGCAGAGUUUGCUGGACGCAGGGACGGAAAGUGAUCAGGUGACCAUAUGGGAGGCUCUCACGAACACUCGUCCAGUGUCUUCUCAGCCUCCGCUUUACGAGGAGGACUCCCAGCUCGAGCGGGCGAUCCAGGAGUCCCUGUCUCUGUCAUUGGCUGGGGGAGAAAGCGGGGAAGCUCCUGCUCAGUCUCCGCCAGGUUCCUCACCCGACCAAGCCCUCAACUCUCCACCUUCCUACAACUCGUUGGUUGAUCCGCGGGUAACUGGGGCGUUUGCCAUAGCAACCAGCUUUGACGAGCAGCUGCGUCUGGCGAUGGAGCUUUCGUGCAGAGAGCAGGAGGAGCUGGACAGGAAAAGAAGAGAAGAGGAGGAGGAGCUUGAAAGGAUAAUACAGCUGUCACUCACAGAGAAGUGACUACACUAACAGUAUCAAAAAGCUUAAUUUAUUAUUAUUUGUGCUUUUUUUCCUGCAGUGUUAGAUUAUUAUAUAAGAUUCAUGCUUCUUUUUUUUUGUUUUUUUUUAUUUGAAAUGGGACAGAGGGCUUAAUCAAGAGAUCAGAGCGAGAGAGAAAUGGAGGAGUACCACUUUAUGAAAGAAAGCACAUGAAUGAAUAACAUCAAUCCAUGAGCAUGGCAAGACAAUGUCAAUGAUAUCCUCUCAAUCUCUGUCAUCGUUCUGAGUGAAAAUGUUCAAACGUUAUGUUUAUUACACAAUACUGAUAAUGUGAAUAUGAAAUGAUAACUAUGGCGAUGCAUAAAGUGAUCAAAAAAAAAUUAUUGCAUAAAAUGAAUUAAAUAUGUUGGCUAACAAACAUGUGAGAAUAAUUAUUAAAUGUAUCUGAAACACUU